AUGUUGAGUAUCCUCGCGGCCGGAUCCGUCUUUUUCCCUGGCCUCUUCCUGCUGUCCAAGCGCUGCCUCAAACACACACCGGGCCUAAGGUGGAGCGAACGAGAUGCUGUUAUCGUCUCUGCCAGGUUGGUUUCCUCCAUUCAGGCCAUCAUGGCUUCCUCUGCUGGUUACAUCAUUGCAUCUUCCUGUAAGGAUAUCAUUGAGGACCAGCAUUGGCUGACCAGUACCUACAUCCUCUUCGCCGUCCCUUACUUUGUGUACGACAUCUACGCCAUGUUCAUGUGCUACUGGUACAAGAUCCAGGUGAAAGGUCACGAAGAGGAGGGCAAAGGGCCGUCGGUGAGGGCCGCCGUGAGCAGCUACCUGCGGCGGGAGUUCCUCAUGGUGCUGCACCACGUCGUCAUGGUCACCGUCUGCUUCCCCGUUUCUGUGUUCUGGAGACAGGGGAAGGGGGAUUAUUUUCAGGGUGUCAUGUUCCUUGCUGAGCUCAGCACGCCGUCCGUCUGCCUGGGCAAAAUUCUCAUCCAGUAUAAACAGCAGCACACACUUCUUCAUAAAGUGAAUGGAGCUGUCAUGCUGGUCACUUUUUUCGUCUGUCGAGUUCUUCUCUUCCCCUACCUCUACUACGCAUACGGCAGGUACGCAUCCAUCCCUCUGUACAUGGUCCCGCUGUCCGUACCCUGGCACUGUAACCUCGGCGCGGCUCUGCUCAUGGCACCGCAGGUCUACUGGUUCUCCCUCAUCUGCAGGGGCGCUUUCCGCCUCUUCUCCGGAGCCUCCCGUACCCGACCCCCCCUGGACAAGACGGACUCAGACCCCGAGCCCAAAGCCACUCUGCCGCCCGCCAACGGAUACAGCCCUCGAGAGACGGAUACACACUGA